AUGGCUCUGCCCAUCAUCGUCGGUGCCGCAGCUGGCACCGCAGCCGGCACCGCAGCCAUAGCCGCCUACCUCAACGCCAAGUUCCACAUUCUCCAUGACCUCAGGAAUCCACGUGCCGGGCUCGCCCCGAGCAAGGAAAUCGUCGACUACCUCACCGGCCGCGUCAUGGCGAAGCGGGUGCUGUUGUUUCACGUUCUGGAAGACCACGCGUUGCACCACCGUCCGGACCACCCCUUUCUGAUCUUCGAAGGCCAGACCUGGACGUACCGGCAGUUUUACGAUUGCAUAAUCCAAGUUGCGAAUUGGCUUAUGAAAGAUAUGGGCGUCGAUUCGGGCGAGAUGGUGGCCAUUGAUGGUGGAAAUAGCCCAGAGUAUUAUAUGCUUUGGUUCGCCCUGGAUGCGAUAGGUGCAAAGAUUAGCUUCUUGAACUGGAAUCUGACGGGAGCUGGUUUGGUGCACUGUGUCAAGCUCUGCGAGAGCCGCUUCGUCAUCGCCGACACCGACGUCCGCAACAACCUCGAGCCCUGCCGCGAAGAGCUCGAAGGCCUCUCCAUCCAAAUCCAAUACUACUCCCCCUCCUUCUUCGCCUCCCUCACAGACACCACUCCCAUCCCGCCAGCCCGCUACGAAGACAUCACCAUCGACUCCGUCCGCUCCCUCCUCUACACCUCAGGCACCACGGGCCUCCCCAAAGGCGUCAUCUUCACCACCGGCCGCGAACUCGUGACGGGCUACUCGUCCGCCAAAUACCUCCAACUGACCCCCAACGACCGCAUGUACACAUGCAUGCCGCUGUACCACGGCGCGGCCCACGGCCUCUGCACCUCGCCCUGCAUCCACGCCGGCGCCACCAUCGUCCUAGGCCGCAGAUUCUCGCACAAGACCUUCUGGCCCGAGGUCGCCCGGUCGCGCGCAACCAUCAUCCAGUACGUCGGCGAGCUGUGCCGGUACCUGCUCAACGGGCCGGCCAACGAGCACGAGCGCAGCCACUGCGUCCAGAUGGCCUGGGGCAACGGCAUGAGACCCGAUGUGUGGGAGCCGUUCCGCGAGCGCUUCCGCAUCCCCGUCAUCAAUGAGCUGUAUGCCGCUACGGAUGGCCUGGGCGCCACGUUCAACAAGAAUUAUGGGCCGUUUACAGCGAAUUGUAUUGGGCUGCGGGGCCUGAUUUGGCACUGGCGGUACGGCAAUGAGGAGGUGCGCGUUAAGAUGGAUGUGGAUACCGAGGAUAUCGUACGGGAUGGGGAUGGGUUUGCUAUUCGGUGCGGGGUGGAUGAGCCCGGGCAGGUGCUGCAUCGAUUGGAUCCGAAGUUGCUGGAUUCGGUACCGGGGUAUUAUAAGAAUGAGAAGGCGACGUUGGAUAGGCGGAUUGCGGAUGUGUUUGAGAAGGGGGAUCUCUGGUUCAAAUCCGGCGACAUGCACCGCGUAGACGCCGACGGGCGCGUCUUCUUCGCCGACCGCCUGGGCGACACCUUCCGCUGGAAGAGCGAAAACGUCUCGACCAACGAGGUCGCCGAUGCGCUGGGCCGAUUCCCCCAAAUCGCCGAGCCAAACGUCUACGGCGUGCUGGUUCCCGGGUACGACGGCCGCGCGGGCGCCGCCAGCAUCGUGCUCGCCGACGGCGUCACGCUCGAGACGUUUGAUACCAAGGCGCUGGCGCGGUACGUGAGGGACGUGUUGCCGGGGUAUGCGGUGCCGCUGUUUUUGAGGGUGACGCCGGCGUUGGAGUAUACGGGGACGUUGAAGAUGCAGAAGGGGAGGUUGAAGAGGGAGGGCGUGGAUUUGGAGAAGGUGGGGAAUGGGGAUGUGUUUUUUUGGUUGCCGCCGGGGAGUGAUCGGUAUGUGCCGUAUGAGAGGAAGGAUUGGGAGGCGUUGAAGAAUAGGAGCGUGAGGUUGACCUAGGGGGAUACGGAUGAUGAUGCGGCGAGAUGAGGUGGUCUCCUGAAUUAGGC